CUGUGAGAGCGCCUCCCACCGACCCCCUAAUCAGCCCUCAAUCAGACAGCCAGCACAGUGGAGCCGCCGGCGAUCACUGUAGUAUCUGAGAGGCAACGGCACCAUGGCGCCUCGGGCACGGCCGUGUAUUUUCCUGACUUGUCUGCUGUUCAUUGUGGGCACUACCCAACAGAGCACAACCGUUCCUACAUUACCUACAUCCUCCCCAUCUCCCUCCACCCUAUCAACACCUCCACCCUCCUCCACCUUAUCCACCCCUCCAUCCCGGACCAUGACCGAGGCAGCCCCAGUACACUCCACAGAGGACUUGAAAACCAGCAUCACCUCUUCUACUGACGGGACGACCCCGUCUGCUGCCAUAACAACCAGCACAGAAUCCGCCGUGAUAACCAACUCACCUGCUGCCGUAACAACCAGCACAGAAUCCGCAGUGACAACUACCUCAUCUGCUGUCAUAACAACCAGUACAGAUGCUGCCGUGACAACCAGGACAGAUGCUGCCAUAACCAGUACAGAUGCUGCCAUAACAAACAGUACAGAUGCUGCCGUGACAACCAGUACAGAUGCUGCCUUGACAACCAGUACAGAUGCUGCCGUGACAAACGGUACAGAUGCUGCCAUAACCAACAGUACAGAUGCUGCCCUGACAACCAGUACAGAUGCUGCCGUGACAAACGGUACAGAUGCUGCCAUAACCAACAGUACAGAUGCUGCCCUGACAACCAGUACAGAUGCUGCCAUAACAACCAGUACAGAUGCUGCCUUAACCAACAGUACAGAUGCUGCCCUGACAACCAGUACAGAUGCUGCCAUAACAGCAAGUACAGAUGCUGCCAUAACCAACAGUACAGAUGCUGCCUUGACAACCAGUACAGAUGCUGCCUUGACAACCAGUACAGAUGCUGCCUUGACAACCAGUACAGAUGCUGCCAUGACAACCAGCACAGAUGCAAGAACCUCCUCAUCGAUCACAUCUCCCUCUACUACCUCUACUUCCACGACUACAACUAGGACUCCUCCUACUACUACAACUACUACUACUACUAGCAGAACCAUACCAACCAGCACCUCAAAACAAGAUACCACAGUAAUCCAGGGGGAGACCGACCACUCCAAGGCUCUUAGCCCAGGGAGUGUUGCUGUUAUCGUAUCAGUCUUCAUUCUGAUUGUCAUCCUUAUUUUUGGAGGAGCAUACCGACACAAAAUGCGUUCAAACUACGGCCGCUUAGUAAACGACGACUACGGCUCUCUAGGGACCUUCCACAACCCCAUGUACGACCCCUGACCUUUCACCGAUCCCUCCAACGUACCAGCCCCCUGCCCCACAUCCCCAGGCCCCUCAGGACGCCACGCAGAGGAAACCCUGGAGGGCCGUGUGAAAUUGCUGUUGAGCAAGCCACAGGACGAUGACCCAAACAUUACAAAUGAAUCUGCAGGGACCGGGUCGUCUGUGGUUGCACGCAAUGUCACCGUCCAUAUAUGGCAAGUACCGCUCCAUCCCAGUCACAUUCUGGUUUCUGACCCGCCGGUCUGGUUAGUUCUGGCCAGGGCCGUUUUUAAAGAAUGGUAUCUAAUCUCAAAUCUCUCUAAAUGUUUAUGGAUCUUUAGGAGUUAACUUGCCUUUUCUGUGCCAGAGUUUAACUACUAAAAGAAAAGGAAGAUAAUAAUUUUGUGUUUGUAAGUUAGAGUAUUCCAAACAAACAAAAUUGUAUUUAUGUGUGUGAGCUUGUGUGAUAGCCUAUGCGUGAUUGUCCAUAAGGUUUUUUCCGGUUGAAGAAAAGAGAACCUGAAACAGAACAACAGUAGCCCCCUCGUAGCAGUCUGGUAUUUUAGGUUCUCUUCUGUUCCACGGAGGGCUUUGCUUUUAGUAUUUAAUGUAUUCAGUAACCAACAAUAACCAAUGUUAAAUAAGGGUUUACUUCAUUGAGCUCAGUCAUCUUUUUAACUAGUCCUACGUGAUUGGACAUCAUAAACCCAGUAUUACUACUGCGGUUGAUAAAUAUGGAUCCUUGGUGUGUAAACCUGAUGGAACUAAGGGAAGGUUCAUCACAUCUUAAUUAAAGCUCAUCUGUGGUGAGGUGACUCAUCCCAAUUGCUCUUGUGCAAUGAAGUAAUGUAGUCCUGGGAGAAGCAGUUCACUGGGUGGUUCACAGGUGAUUAAAUGUGUUCAUGUGUGUGUUUACUGGUUCUGGUAUAAAAACACGCACCCCUCUCUUCCAUACAUAUAGUGCCAAAACCCUCUGUGACAUCAGCUGUAUGGAACUAUAUAUAUUACUUUGCUUUUAUUAACUAUACACUGCUUCUGUCUCUCGUAAAAACCCAUACUAAUGUAUACACACACACCUUCCGUCUCACACCCUCAGACACACAGCAACAUUUUAGUGAUCACCUUGUUUUCAUGUUCUCUUAUUAAGCAAUCUCACCUGAGAGGGAGUGCUGCUGAACAUCAGCACGGCUGGGACUGAAGAUAAUCACAGCCGUGCAGACGUUAUGUAAAGCAGCACGACCUACGGUGUGAUACUGCUUUUAUACCACAGUUCUUCAGAUGUGAUUUGUUUGUUUAAAUGUAUUUGAAAAUGUAUUAAACUGUACCACAAUUGGA